GUCUUCUGAUUGGCGGAAACCAGCAGGAAGAGCGCUCGGUUCGUGAGAUCUGUCAAGUUCGGACAGCUCAGUCCACUCUACAAACCUACAGCGGCCACAGUCUGUCCUUCCAUUGCUCCAAACAUACUUCGCCCGCGUCUUUGUUCUCGCGUUUGGUGUUGUGGCGAAAUUAGGACAAAUUUGCGGUCGUUGCUGCCGCGUGUGAAGGAGAGUCACUCACUCCAGAUAUUCCGGAAAUACAGCGCAGAGGGCAUCGGUGUGAGGAUGGCUGCCUACAAGCUGGUCCUGAUCCGCCAUGGGGAGAGUUGCUGGAACCAGGAGAACCGUUUCUGCGGCUGGUUCGACGCAGACCUGAGUGAGACCGGGGUGCAGGAGGCGAAGAGAGGCGGACAAGCACUGAAAGAUGCUGGCUAUGAAUUUGAUAUCUGCUACACCUCUGUCCUGAAGCGGGCUAUCCGCACCCUGUGGUUCGUUCUGGACAGCAUUGACCAGAUGUGGCUGCCCGUCCACCGGACCUGGCGCCUUAAUGAGCGCCACUACGGUGGCCUGACUGGGCUGAACAAGGCUGAAACAGCUGCUAAACAUGGAGAAGCCCAGGUCAAGAUCUGGAGGCGCUCUUUCGAUAUUCCUCCCCCACCCAUGGAUGAGGGGCAUGACUUCUAUCAGACCAUAAGCAAGGACCGGCGUUACGCCGACCUGACAGAGGACCAGCUGCCCAGCUGUGAGAGUCUCAAGGACACCAUUGCCAGGGCACUGCCCUACUGGAACGAAGAGAUCGUCCCACAGAUCAAAGAGGGGAAGAGGGUGCUGAUUGCUGCCCAUGGCAACAGUCUCCGAGGCAUCGUGAAGCACCUCGAGGGUAUGUCAGAGGAGGCCAUCAUGGAGCUGAACCUGCCCACAGGUAUCCCCAUUGUGUAUGAGCUCGACAAGAAUCUGAAGCCUUUAGGACCCAUGCAAUUCCUGGGAGACGAAGAGACCGUCAAGAAGGCCAUGGAGGCUGUUGCCGCUCAGGGCAAAGUCAAGAAAUAGACACCCCGCAACAUCAAUCAUGUGCUCUUCAGUUGUCAAGUUAUUACAAGGUCAUUUCCUGUUACUGUCGUCACAGAGUUGCGCGCACACAGACACACUGUGCACUUUAUUUUGAUAAAACCCAACACAUUUUAGAAUUUGAUUUGAUUGGUCUUUACUUUGUGACAUGCUACAUACAUUUCUUUAUUAGACAAUGAAUAUGCUGUAAUAUGGUUUAAGCACUGACCAAAAUACAAAAAUUAGGGACCAGUGAAUAGGAGCAAACAUAGACUACCCCUGCAGAGUGGUUCUGAGUAUUCCUUCCUACUUAUGGUCCAUGUUGGUGAAACCCAGAAGGAACCGUAUAACUUAUAGAGUAACCCUGGCUGUUGUUAAAAGGGCAAGAUGAUGUGCUCUGCACUGCUGAUUAUUAUUUGCUGUGGCAUUGUGAGAAAAAGAAUAAAUGUUGUGUACCAUCA